CUCGCUCGGCACGUCGGGGAGGAGGGAGGGCGCGCGGAGUUUGCUGGAGAGGCGGCGGGAGGAAGCAAGGGCGGCUGAGCCCCGCGUCCCUUUGCCCGAGCCUCAUGGAUGCAGCCCGGAGGCGGUGGCCGGGCUGGCCCCAGUGCCUGCGGGCCACGCUGUGGCUUUGCUGCUUCCUCCCGGACUCAGGCAGCGGCACCUGGGGCCACGCCGGGCUCCAGUACACCAAUCGAAGAAACUGGUGUUCAUACACUGUCACAAGGACGGUUUCCUGCCAUGUCCAGAAUGGCACCUACCUCCAGAGAGUUUUUCAGAGCUGCCGGUGGCCCAUGGGUUGCACUGGAGGCAGCUAUAGAACAAUUGUCAGACCAACAUACAAGCAGGCAUACAAGACGGUCACAGCUCUGGAGUGGAAAUGUUGCCCAGGACACACGGGGGCAAACUGCGAGGCAGAGAGCGUCAGUUAUCUGGAUGCUCACAAUGCUGGGCAUGGAAGUGCUCCUUUGCACAGAUUACCUGUCCGACCAGCAACCUAUUCAGGUUGUUUAAAUUGCAGCAAAAUGUCGGAGCUGUUUGAGCGCCUCAGUUUCUUGGAAGCCAAGGUCGCAACUCUCUCAGCAGCUGAGUCUGUGCCUUCCCUGGGACCCAGUCGACGACAAUCCUCUAAGGGAGAUGCCUCUGCAGACGUCGUGGCUCUGUGGGGCUCUCAGGCAGCUCAGGGGAGCCCAGGGGAUGAAAACAUAAAAGCAGGCUCUCCAGGCCCCGGAGAGAGGUUGAGGACAGCCAUUCCAGGGCGGGAUGGAAGACUGGCCCCACAGGGACCUCCGGGACCAGCAGGUCCGAAAGGAGAUGCCGGCAUCAGGGGGCCUUCGGGGAUUCCUGGUGUUAAAGGUCCUGCUGGACCACAAGGUCCUCCAGGCCCUCCAGGCCCUCCAGGAAAGGAUGGUGCAAGGGGCUUCCCUGGAGAGAAGGGCUUUCCUGGCCUGCCAGGUCCACCUGGUCCACCAGGCCCACCAGCCCCAGUAGGGCCAAAGAUACCCCAAAUCCCAGAGCAAAGAGACCCUCUUCUGUCAAACACUUUUAUUGAAACAGGUGUCACAGGACCAGCUGGUCCUCCUGGGCUUCCGGGACCAAUUGGUCCUCCAGGGCCAGCUGGGAAGCCAGGAUCACCAGGGCAUGAUGGAAUCCCUGGAUUGCCAGGUGCUGAUGGGGCAGCUGGUACCCCUGGAGAGAAAGGAGAGAGAGGACCACCAGGAUAUCCUGGCCACAGAGGUCUGGAUGGAGAGCGUGGUGAACCAGGCCCAAAAGGUGAACCAGGAGAGAAAGGCAGCUGGAACCAGAACUGGGAUCCGGCAUUGGUCCUGCCUCCACUAGCACCCCCAGCUACUACCGGGGGAAGCGUGAUGAGAGUCUGGCAGCCUACAGGGUUAUCUCACACCACCACUCCCAGAGAAGCGAAGACAAGAAGAAAUGAAGAGCAACCUGCUUGUCUGCUGAAGGCAGAAGGAAAACACAUCUGCAACCGCAGCGGUCUCCUUUGGGGUGGCACCCAACCCUCGGCCAGCUUUGGACUGUCCUCAAGGAGAAGCAGCAGAAGGGGUGCGUCACCACUGCACCUGGGAGAAUACUUGCUUGCUAACAGCCCUGCUUCAUAUUUAUUUGAUCUGUUCCUUUUGUGCAAGGGGUCUGUAACCAAUGCUAUGUUGUGUGUGCCCGGCUUAACUGUUGCCAGAACCAAGCCUUUGUGCACCUUUUAUGAUUGCCUGAUUGUCUUGCAGGGGGAGCUCUCCAUCCCUUGGUGCUAUUUUGCAGGGAUGUCUUCCCUCUUCCCUAGAUGCACUGGCCUGUAGCUUGCUGAAUUACUUUGCUGCCACUCUGGCAGAAAACAUUGGCCUGCAAUUUCUUCUCUGAACUAGAGCUGCAGAUCUUUGCGGCAUCCUCGCAUCCAUCAUUCUCUUCUCCUAGCUAAUUACUCCUGUUCUCCUGUAGCCUGGCCAGGGCAAGGGCUUGGAGGAGAGAACCUCUGGGCCUUUCCAGAGGAUUGUUCUGGUGUGCAAAGAAUGCACAGUUAUUACUAAGUUUUUACGGGAAUCCAAUGAGAACAUUUAAAUGUCUGCAAAUCCAAUAACAGUAUUGUCUCACUGAAAAAAAUGUGAUUCCCCUCCCCAUUCCUUACCCUUGCUAGUGUUUCUAUAAUGGUGGGAGUGCCCUGCAGACUGCAGGUCAUAGGCACCUAUUGGUUAGUACCUGUGACAUAACCAGUGUGAUCAGCAACACAUAGCCAUGUUAUUUUGGCCACCACCCCUUUUUAAAUUUUCCUUCCGCAGUUUAGGAAGUUGAGCUUUCCACACUGAACCACUCCAGCAGAAACUGCUACUUAUGCUUUCAAAUUUGGGGGAGGGAGAAACCAACAGGCAUUAACAAGGCUGUCUCACCCCACCUAGCACUGUGGAACUUACUUGUUUCCCCAAAAAUGUAUUUUCUGUGCACUUCCAGUUCCGGUAGUGCAUGCCUGCUCUGUUCAAAAAUCAAACUAAAAGAAAAACCACAAAACAAGUCAGACCAGUGAUAGUUACCCAUUGUUUGGAAAUAGGCUCAGACUGCUUCAGCGUUAACUUCAGUGCCAACAUUUUGUUCCCUAUCAUCUGGAAACAGGCUUAUGCACCCGCGUUCCAUUCCCGAGUGCCACGAACUGCCCCUUUGUCUUGCUGUUGCAGAGGCCCUGGAUGCUGGCUCACAGGAGCAGCUAGACUGAUUGUGUCUCCCAACACUCCAGAGCAAUGUCUCAUUUGUAUCCAGAGAGGUUUGCUGCUGGAUAAUCUAAUUUAGGGUUUGGGUAAUGGCUUCAUUUCUUUCGUAAAAAAAUAGUUGUAUCCCUGCCCACUGAGGAGCUGCACUGUGAGGUAGGUGAAAACUAUUUGCCUGUGGUUUCAUAACUGUGCAUGGAUUUGAACUCAGAUCUCCCUGAUCAUUUCAGUGGCUCUAGAAUGUUGCAGGCAUGAUCAUCUGCUUAUCCACAAGGCAGCACAGGCUUAUGAAAUAUACUCACCUGGCUUCCUUAGAUGAGUAAGGGGCAUGACAUCCAAGGCCAGAAGGCAGAGGGCAAUAAUCAGAGAGGCAACAGAAACAGAGACCCUUUUAGAGAUGCAUUUCCCUCUAGCAUAUCUUCUGGAACACUGAGGGCUCGAAACUUCUUUUUAGCUAAGAUUCUCAGGAUUCUGGGCUGGUUGUUGGAUGGAGGGAGCGGGAUGCUGUACACAUAGAAGAGUACCAGUCGGCCCUCACUCUUAACCACAGAGCCUUGAGGCCUUCACAUGGUUGAACAGCAGAUGUGCUCUGCAGGCACUCCAGGCAGGGUGGAGGGGAAGGGAGCUACUUUUGUAUCACACCCACUUUGGAAUUUCAGCAGAUGUGAGUACCAGUUCUAUCGAGGUCAAUAAAAAUCUCAGAACACUAGAGAAGCCUGCGUGUUUUAAUAGAAGAGGAAGCAGAGCAUCUUGCCUCUAAACUGACCCAGAAUGAUCAUCUUCGCAAGAGCACUUUGUUCCAAUUUAUUAAACAUCU